UACUAGUGCAGUGAGUGAAUUCGCCUCGAAACUGUCACCUCAAUUCUCGUGGGUGAAAGAUAGGAAAAUAAUUCUCAAGUUGUAUUGCACGUGAUUUGUCUUAGUUAACAGAUAGAAUGAAUCUUAUUUUAUGAUUAAUUUGAUACUUUUGAAAUCUUUCUUAUAAUUUAGUAUUAUGUUUUCUCUUAAUUCUAAGUUAAAGAUAAAUGAAAUAACGUAACAUUUCGUUCAAGAAAAUUUUUUAAAAACCUCUAAUGUAAUUUACUUGUUUACUUUUAUGAACUAAAAAUACUUGCGAUCACGUGCAUUAUUUUCAUGAUAACAAUCGUAUUUUUCUAUCAACAUUUUAUGUUAACAUUUUUGAUUUGAAAUUUAGGCUUCAGAUACCUGGAUUGAUAAGUCAAUGAAUAGCAUCACUGAGCUGUUCAAAUGAGUACUAUUUUCCUAAACUGAUUUCAACAAUGAAUUCAUCGUGACAUUCCAUCAAUAAUCAUUUAGUGCAAUAUACACUUUUAACUUCUUAAUUAUUGUUAUUAUUCCAAAUUUAUUUUUCUACUGAAAGCUUUUAAGCUAUUGUACAUGAUACUCCUGUUGCACGAAAAAAUUUGAAGAAUGGGUUUCAAAGCAGCAUCAUGGUAUUCAUAUCAUUUAUAAACCCUGAAACUCUUCUAUAUUUUUACUCUUCUCACCUAUGCAGUUAACAAUAAAAUUCUUAUGGCCUUGGACGAGUGCCACAACGAGUAAAUUCGUUUUGAAGCAAAUAAUCGUGAGAUCUUAUUAACUUCAGUUUAGUUGGGAUAGUACAAACUACACCAGGUCGAGUUCACGUGGCAUAUAACAAGCAUUCAGCACAUAAAAUAGCACAUUGGAAAUGUUGCUGUGAGCUUCAUAAGAAUUACUUUUAUUUUGAAUAGAAAAUUAAAAAAAGUGUCAACGAUGGAGUUUGACUAUUUAAUAGCAGUGUCAAUUUUACUUGCGGUCGCAAACGUCUGUCAUGCUGAAUGUCAAACACGCUCCAUUUAUUGCUAUGAAUGUGAUUCAUGGACAGAUUUGAGAUGCAAAGAUCCAUUCAAUUACACUGCACUACCAAGAGACCAACCACCACUCAUGACUUGCAAUGGAUGCUGCGUUAAAAUGGUCCGAAAUGCCAAAUCACCUUACGAAAGUGUACGGAGAACGUGCACUUCACAACUACAAAUAAACUUAUUCAUGGUGGACCACGUGUGCAUGAUGGAAAGUACCGGCACUGGUCACAUGUGCUUCUGUGAGGAAGAUAUGUGCAAUCGCGUACCUCCAUCCUCAUGUUCAAAAACAGAUUUCCUUUUAAUCCUAUCAUUUUUCCUAAUUCUUAGUUCGCUCCUAGGAGCCCCGGCUUGCUUUGUAGGUCGCUGUGAUCAUCACCGUUGUAACUACACUGCUCGUUCUUCUCCUGUAGAAGUCCUCAUAGAUGAGUACACAUAAUGUGUCACUUUCGAUUGGCAUUACAAAUUUUUUCAUACACUCUCAAUCUAUAUAUACCGUCAACAAUUCGAUUUUUGAUUCAAAAAUAUUUCAAAUAUUAUUCAUUUAAUAAUUUCAUAUAAAUUUAACAUUUUUCCAAAAAUACCGGUUAUAAAUUUAAGCUACAUUUCAAUAAUUUAUCGUAUUAAUAAAUAUUUUAACUUGCGCUUAUCAUUCAGACAAAUUGAAGCUUGACAAUAUAGAUAAAGAUUACAUUUUAAAUUUUACAUUUUUCUCGUCUAUAAAAGAUUUAUCGUCAUUUUAACGAUCAAUGCAAAUCGAUAUCAUUAUCAUAUAGAGUUUAGAAAGAUAAAAGUAUCUAAUUAAAAAAAAAAGAUAAUAAUUAAUUUUUAAAAAAAAAGAGCGAUUGGAUUGAAUAGAAGUAAAUAAUUAAUUAUUGAAAUUUGCGUAAGAAAAGUAAUAUUUCUUGUUAUAUAUUAACAUAUACUUAAAUGACAAACAAAAAAUAUUUUCCUGCCUUUCCACAAGGAAUCAUAAAAUCCAACCUUUUCUUACAAUUCUGAAUCCUCAAAUCUACUCUCAGAACAAGAAAAAACUAAUUAGAUACGCUUAGAGAGCGUCUUUCACGGCGUGUUUAUAGCAUGCCCACCAAUUAGCUGUGUUACAUUAGAAACUUCCAACUGGAAAUGAUUUAUAAGGACAUGUAUUAAUUUAAAAUGCGACUUUAGUAGUAUUUAUGUUGCAAAAAAAAAAUCAUAUCAGUGUCAAGGUUUUUCUUUUUUUUUUCUAAUUAAAAUGAAAAAUGGUUAAUGAUGAUUUGUUAAAAUAUAUAAAAUUAAAUCAAACAUGUUCAUUUAUGUGAAAUAUAAUUAGAAGGUGAUUUCCGGUUGGAGCUUUCAAAUUUAAUUGAAUGUAGAUAGAUGAAUAUUUAGGUAGAUAUGACGAGUAUGGAAUGGAGUCUCUAAAAUUGGAAGAUGUAUCAAAGUGACGAAUUUCUAGUUAAUAUUUUUAAAAAGUCUAUCUCUGAUGAUUUUAAAUAUUUUUAUAUGCUAUUUAUAAUUAUUUAUAUUAUAUAUAAUUAGUAAGCUUAUUAAAUUAAUCUUCA